CCAUGCCAAUUUUCACCGGAUAGUGCAGAGUUAGUCUACUUGAAAGAUUGUAAUAGAUCAGUUUCGGGCCAUUUGCGGUUUUUGAAUAUUUCUUAUGAUGAGAAGUACAUGACAGAAGGACUGUUGAUUUGUGUACGAGUUGGUAUUUUCUGUCUCAUUCCAUAUUUCACCGUCUGUCCCUAUCACCGCAGCUCUUUGGGAUUAAAUUGGAAGAGAAAAACAUCCUGUGUCUUCCCGGGACACACAGGAAAGUGCAAAGGUGAUAGGCCUAUCUCACUGAGAACAAGUUAUGCUUUAGUUUCUCGGCGAGGGAUUUUUCUGCAUAUAGGAUCAGCAAUUUGCAAAGCAUGCAGAUCACAAAUCUCUAAUGACUUGGAGACUUUUCCAGAUAUGGUUGAUGUGUUUUCAAAUGAUAGUUGCUGCUUUGAACACCCUUUGGAGGAUGGG